GCAUGUGGAUGUCGUCAUCACCGUGUGGCUGACAGGUCCUCAAGCCACACGUUUUGCCGCUGAAUUUAAUGUUUUCGGGACAAUCUUACUCGGCUUAUCUGAUCCCAGAAGAUGUCUUCACUCCUCAAGGUGGACAAUGAAAUCAAAACCAAGGUCGAUGCUUUCAGGGAACGAAUCACGGCAGAGGCAGAGGAUCUAGUCGCAAAUUUCUUCCCCAAGAAGUUACUGGAGCUGGAUCACUUUCUCAAGGACCCGAGCAUCAACAUCAGCGAGCUGAAGGAGAUCCACUCGGAGAUCCACCUGACGGUUCCGGAUCCCAUCCUGCUGUCCAGCCUCCAUGACGGUCUGGAAGCGCAAAACGCCAAGAAGAGGAAGCUGGACGACGCGGGCGGAGACGACGCGGUGACGGGAACCAAGGUGUUCGUCAUGCCGGGCGGGAUGAUGAAGAGCAACGGGAACCUGGUGGAGCUGAUCGAGAGGGUGAAGCCCGAGAUCCGGACGCUGAUCGAGAAGUGCAACACGGUGAAGAUGUGGGUCCAGCUCCUCAUCCCCAGGAUAGAGGACGGGAACAACUUCGGCGUGUCCAUCCAGGAGGAGACGGUGGCUGAGCUGAGGACGGUGGAGGGAGAGGCCGCCUCCUACCUGGACCAGAUCUCCAGAUACUACAUCACCAGAGCCAAGCUGGUCUCCAAAAUAGCCAAGUACCCUCAUGUGGAGGACUACCGGCGCACCGUCACCGAGAUCGACGAGAAGGAGUACAUCAGCCUGAAGAUCAUCGUGUCCGAGCUCAGGAACCAAUACGUCACGCUACACGACAUGAUCCUGAAGAACAUUGAGAAGAUCAAGAGGCCUCGGAGCAGCAACACAGACGCCCUGUACUGAUGCACACGCACACACACACACACACACAUGCACACACACACGCACACACACACACUGGACAAGCCCCGCCCUCAUCUGCAGGACAACAACUCGACAUUCAUCGUCUUAUAAUACAAUCAACUCCGCAACAUUAGCCUCCACACACACACACACACACACACACACACACACACACACACACACACACACACAGCCCUCUGUUUCAAUUGUAAAGUAUUUUUUUGUUUUAAAGCCGUUUGACUUUUCUCUGGAGUGCAGCCGGAUAGAAAAUAGAAUCGAUGUAUUUUUUAAUUUUAAUUAAACAUUUUGUCCUCAC